AUGAGCACUUUUUAUGAUCUGGCUGUGAAGGAGUUGCAAGGCAGUCCCAGCCCUCGGUGGUGCCAUGCCAUGUGCCUCAGUGACUCGGGGACAGCUGUUCUGAUUGGUGGAGAAGGUGUAAAUCAGCAGUCCUGCAAGGAUGUGCUCUGGAAGCUGGAAAUUGACAGUGAUUUGUGGCUUCCAAUGGGUUUCCAGCUACAAAACACCAUGCCAUCAUGCUUGCAUGGUCACACAGCUACCUAUGAUCCUGACACCAAGCGUAUCUACAUCUUUGGGGGCAUAAGGGAGGACAAAGACUACAGCAGCAUCUACAUUCUGGACACAGUCACCUGGAAAUGGCUCCUCGUGGCUGCCAAAGGGAAGACACCAGUGCUCACUUACCACAGUGCAACUAUCUACCAAAAGGAGCUCUUUGUUUUUGGAGGAACUUUCCCCAAAAAGGCAUCACUGGCAGUUGGACCCUGCAGCAACAUGCUCUAUAUCUUCAAUCCAGAGCAUGAAAUUUGGUAUCAGCCCAUCUCAGAAGGGGAGAAGCCUCUGCCUAGGCUUGGGCAUUCAGCUACUCUACUGAAAAACAAGCUGCUGAUUUUUGGGGGUCGGAGGACUUCUCUCUACCUCAGUGACAUGCACAUUCUGGAUCUGGGUUUCAUGGAGUACACACCAGUCCCCCUCCUCGCAGGACAGCCUUCUGCACGUUGUUUUCAUGCAGCUCUGGCUGUUUCAGACCAGAAGGUUCUGAUCAGUGGAGGCUGCAAUGCCACAGGAGCCCUGCACGAUGCCUUUGUCUUCCGCCUAGAUACUCUUUCAUGGAGCACAGUGAUCCACCGUGACCUCUGCUCUGUGCCCCGAGCUGGCCACACAUUGCUGGACCUGACUCCUACCCACCUGAUGGAUGUGGACAAGGAGAACAAAGAGGAGCACAACCUGCGUACGGUGUUGGUCUUUGGGGGCUCCAACUGUACAGGAACCUUUUACAACAGCACAGUCAAGAUCAAGCUGGACCUAGGAUAAUGCACAGUACUCAGAAUGAGCCUGAACAGCAAGGGCUCUUCA